AUGAUCAAUCCGUUCAGGAAGCGCAAGCCCAAGAAAGGCGUCGAUACCACCAUCCCCUCAAGUCCGCCUCCCACAGACUAUGCAAGCUUUCCAUACAACUCCAGUUUGCCUCCUCGUCCAGGCAUCUUUAUCGCCUCUACACCCGCUUCAUCGCGCCCGUCGCAAUCUUCUCAACAACAACAACAACAAGCGACAUCUUCAGCCGCAGCAGGGCCUUCGUCUCCAUCCGCGUCAACUGCCCACCAACAAAGCUUGGAUCACGUCCUGCCGCCCACAUCCGACUAUCGCCAAUCGCUCAUCAUGCCUCACCUCACACGCAGGUUCACCCUGCUUCGCGCCCCCGAUGGAUCACUCGUCUCACCGGAUGCGAUGCGUGCUCAUCUGCGUGCUCAACGCGCUCGUGCAAGAGCCGCCAACCUCGCCAUCGGCUCCAGCGGCCCCAACAAGAUCCACUUCCUAACCGAAGACGAGGAAAACGAGAUUAUCGAUCAGCUUAAGGCACAGGCACGCGCAGAGGGUCGUGACUUUGAUCUCGAGCGCUCCAGUAAUGUAGCUGCUGCCGACUCGUGGCGCAAUGGCUAUGCCGCUGGCACCGACGGCUUUGGCUCUUGGGGUCCCAUCUCCAGCAAUGAUCCAAACAAGCUUUCCAGUCUCGCCGACACGCUCGCUGAUCUCUCCUUCAGUCACGAUCAGAUGUCUCCACAAUCCAGGAAGCCCGGAGGUAGCUUGUUCAGCGGCAGAAGUGCAGAGCGUGACCAAGCUGCCUUCCGAACGAUCAAGAGGGAACGCAACAUCUCGAAGCCUGAUGACCCUCCUCCUCCCUCGAGUUCGGCCACUAUAUCAUCUCAGGACACCGCCCCCUUCGACGAACGUCAGCACUCGGACGACACCGCUCGCCCAACGUUGCACGACGACCUUCAUGACAGUCCCAUGCCAGGAGGCUUCGCUGCCAGACAAUUACCCUCAAACACGCCGCAGCCAGAUAAUGCGUCAAUCGCUUCAAAAUCUCUUCUGCAGAUCCCAGGUCUGGGCAACGCUUCACGGUCACGCACAUCUCAGGACCCAAACCUGCUCACCACUCUCUCUCCCGAAGCCUUCAAGCGCGUCAGCACUGCGCUGGAUGAAGUGUUUGGGCUGAUUGCCUCCGAGCGUGGCCCCUCGCCAAGCGUCACUGCUACAUCGACCCCCGAGGACAACCAUAGGCCUCCGCGCUCAUCCUUCGACAGCGACACCAACUCCUUUACCUCUGCCGUGUCCAACGUGCGUGCCCUUGAUGCCAAACUCCUUGAUCCGGGGCUCGCAGGUCAGAGCACGCGCGAGCAAUCCAACCGAGACCAAGACGAAGAUGAUGAGUCCGCAGAUCGCACCAUCACGGUCGCGCAGCCCAGCCUGGACGCUAGUCAAAUCGAAUACGGCCGUAUCGCCGUCGCCUCUCCACUUCCAGGCCCGGUUCCGGGCGCCCUUCCAUCACCUCAACACGACUCUGCAUCCGACAUGCCCGAGUCACACACGUUGACGGGCCUUCCGUCGCUAGUGACAUCGGACAGCACACAAACCGUCCGCGAUACCAGCCAUGAUGCCAUAGUUUCACCAACCGGCCCAGCUUCUCUCACCGCGCCUGGCUCUUCUCUGCAUCUUUCGGUCUCGGGUCACUCGGUGGCCGACUCCACACUCUCACAACCAUCCGAACGAAGCUCAACUGCGACAGCCACUGACGCACAACCGCAGUCAACGCGCGUUGUGUCCACCGCAUCUACCAUCGAGGCACCCGUGAACCGUCUCAACGACCCAUCAGCUCGUCAAGAUUCGAUUGCGGCAGCCUCGUCUUCUGCACGCGAUCCAGACGCCUACCAGCGCUCGCUCGGUAGUCCGAUGCAAGGUCCAGCUUCUGCCAGCAGCAGCCGGGCUCAGCCUGUGCACCCGUUCCGCACACCAGAGAUGGACUCCAACGCUUUCGCUGCCAGCCCCGCUCAAUCCACCUUAUCACGAGGCGACUCGAUCGUCAGCGCCAGCUCGGUCAAGUCUAGCUUCACCGGGCCCUCUGCAACCUACCAAGGCUCUCACAGCCGCAAGUCCUCCGCCGACAAGCUUGCCCUCGCUCGGUCCAUGGCACCUCAUCCACACCUGCGUGAACAACCUUCGCUGUCAAGUGUGCGACGCAAUUACCGACAGCACACGCGAUCCACCACAGGCUCUUCCGAGGGCAGCCUGCUUGGCGGACACGCAUCCCGCAGAUCGUCCGGUGCCAUGAGUCCUCCACCUGUCCUGAGUCGCAGUGCUCGUUCUCCCAGCUACUUCCCACCGCCCUCAUCGACCGCGUCCAUGCACGACUACGCGUCCGGCUUCAAACCGCCUUCCGCUGUUUCUCCAGCUGCCGCUGCUGCGCUGCAGUCCAUGGCGAGUCAGGCCAACCACGCGACGCAACCGAUGCAGAGCAACGUCAUGGACGCUUCCAACGCUCUGCGUAGUGCCCAGAGCUUGCGGAACUCGGCCUCUACCGAUCGCAGCGCAGCAGCGUCGCCUCACGUACCGAGCGCUGCCGCCUUUGCUUCGGGCAGCGACCGUGCCGCUGCUACGAGCUCUCCAGAGACCGGUGGCACUAGCAUCAGCGUGCACAAGCGAAGUACGUCACUUACCAAUGCCACCAAGCCUCUUGCUCUGGCGCCUUCUACACGUAUCUCUGCUGUCGAAGACAGCUUGUCGCCGACCUUGUACGCUCCAAGGCCUGCGCCGGCGCCCUCGAUCGCAAUUCAGUCCACGAUGAAUGGUCAUGGGCUGAUGCCCCAUCCGCCCUCGGAUCCGGAGCAGGCCAGCAGAUGGCGGGCUGUUUACGGUACCAAGGCUGCUGACUCUGUCAGUCUUCGCGCCUCCGCUGAGGACGUGUCGACCGAUCCGAACGAGGAGGAGGAUGAUUUUUGGGCCAAGAUGGGCUCGACACCCGGAUCGAACAAUGCCGAGCGUCCCAUCUCCAACUUCCCGCCGAGCAUCGCUGAGGAGCGUCUCGCAGGAACCGGCAUCACUUUUGACCAGAUCGCAGACUUCCAGGAUCGUCUGAUCAAGACCGCAAAUGGAGGCGAAGCGGUGCCUCCGCUACCUCGCAUCCAGGCCGACACGCGACAUCAGAAUCUGCACCAGCAGCAAAAGUUUGCAGAGGCUAAAUCUAAGGGUCUUGCAUCGCCCAACCUGGUGCUUGGUUCGGAUCUUUGGGGAUCGAAACCAGUAGAGGAUGUUCAGGCGACGAGUCCCACCUCAUCUGCUGGACCGAACAUAGACACUAUCGACACAAGUCGUGACGCUCCAGUGCGAAGAAGCUUCGCCAGCUCCCUGUCACGCGAGCCGCCUGUUUCGCCUCGAGCCGUCAUGUACGAUGUCACGACGAGCCAUCGGCCCACCUCGCCUCCACUACACAGCCGCAACGGCUCGCUCAACGGUCUGCCUAGCCUGCUGGAGCUGAAUGGCUCGCUUGGAGAUCGCAACCGAGAUUCGUUCUCGCUGUCACAAGCGGUUGCUAAGCCCUCGCGUCUGCCAAGGCACCCAGCAUUCCAGACGGCCUCGAUCGCCGAAGACCCUGACUCGACCCACGAUUCACAGUACGCUGCUGCGCCUGCUAGUCAGGUGCAAGAGCAUCCGUACAACGCGGGUUACACGAGCCCUUCGUUGCGUGACAAUAGCUUCACCUUCCCUCGCAGUCCGAAAGCGGCCAAUGUGGGCGACUCACCGCGACACAAGGUACAGCCGUUUCCCCCCGAAGACGUAUGGGAUCGCUACGGCCCGCAGCAGGGAGGUGCGACGCCGGAUCUGUUCGACACCAGCAUGAGCCCAGAUUCGAGCUACCUGGGAUCGGACCCAACCCGUCUGUUGGAUGACGUUGCCGCUCAGACCAGCGCUGCCACCCGAGCGCUCAAGGGAGCCCACGACGGUAUAGCCCCCACACCGCCCUUCCGGACAAAGAGCAUUUCGCGCAAGAAGUCAUUCAAGAAGGUCAGCAAGCAAAUCUCGUCGCCGCAGCUCAUCUCGACCACGCAGAAGCUUGACCAUGCCACCCAGAUACCUUCUGUGCUCGACACGCCCAGUGUGUCGAGUACGACGAGCAAACGCUCAAAUCGGUCGCCAGGGUGGGGCAGCCUCGGUAGUGUUGGGUUUGAUGGCUCGCGCGGUCACGCCAAGGCCAGCCCGUCGGGUGCUUCGCCUAUGGGCAGUUUCGGUAAGAGCAGCGCAUACUUUCAUAGGCGCAGAUCUAGCUCUUUCGGUCACGAUGCCAGGCCCAACGUCAACCUCGGCACUCCAAACGGCAACGUGGACGGAACGGCUGCCUCUCUUGAGCAAAGCAGCAGCAGCAGCGGCGAUCGGGCUACGGAAGUUCACCCGAACCAUCCGUACAUGAACGGCGGUGCCAACGGCGGAAGCUUGUCACGUCUGUUCUCCAAGAUCAAGAAUCGAAAGAACGACCAGGCAUUCGGAGGAGCGACGAUCGAGCCCUUCCCGCCGGAGUUAAGUGCCGCUGCACGUGCCUCCGAGAUUUAUGCGAAGCAGCAGCAAGCACCAGUGACUCCGGAGAUGCCUUCGUUGCCGCCCGUGGAACGCUCGACGCCCUGGACACUGCCCAGAAUGCCUUCAUCGGCAUCGUCGACCGAUCGAGGAAGCAGCCUGCGCUCACCUACUUCGCCGAUCUACACCCUGCCGAUCGACUCGACGAGCAUGCAGCGCUCCAAGUCCAAGAAGAAGCGCACGCCUAUUGUGCUCAAGCGCGAAUCAGAGGUCAUCCUGCCCGGCGAUGAGGGCUACCUUCCUACGGCGAUCAUCGGUCGAUCGCCCGAACAGCGUGCUGGGGAGUUCCAAGCGCAACAGGCGGAGAGUCAGGCCCCUUUGGACGCUGCACAUGAUGCAGGAACGACGACGGCCGCAAACGCAGGUGGCAGUGAGCAACAAGCACAGCUUGAGCGGUCGACGGAUACAACGUUGGAAGCGGAUGCCGAGCGAAUGGACUACUGCCAGAGCCGCAACUCGGGCGCGCUUGCACCGCCGGCUGCUGCAGCUGCGGUAGAAGAGGACGACAAAUCCACGACGCCGCGGCCCACGUCGCCUAAGUCGACCGCUGCCGCUGCUGCUGCCGUGGAUGAGCCGCCAGAGGACGCAGACAAGACGAUCGACGAAGACGCAGACACAACGCUGCUAGCUGUCGAGCAAUCCCUUCCAAAAUCAGACGAAGAAAGCGGCGCACAAGCACAUCUCCGAGAACGGCAUGCUCAAGAACAUGCUCGCAAAAUCGGCGCCCGCAAGUCGCUGCGAGACACGAUCGUGCGCCGAACCAUCAUCAUCCCGGCUGGGAUCGAUUUCGGCGAUCAGCGCCGCUCGCUGUUCGGCUCGAGUCGUAAAUCGCGCCGCUUUGCUGCAGCUGAAGACGAACCAGUGCCGAACAGUGGGGAUGCGUCCAGGAGUUUCCUUGCGGACUCGCCUGCUGUGCGGAAUAGUGCUGCGCUGCCAAAGCUGGACGGAGAGGGGGAACAAUCGUUGAACGACGUGGAGCAGCAAGCGUCGCAGUCGCUGUCGCAGGAGGUGGAGAGCGGGAUGCCGCCCAGUGCGAGCCAGACGCUGCAUCCGGAUUCUAGUGCGGUCGAUAGCACGUCGCGGUCGAACCGAGCCAGCCGGGUGGAGAGCUCGUACGCAGGCAGCCUGUACGAUAUGUACAUCGGCGGCGGUGGCGACAACAACGUCGUCGAAUUCGGUAGUCCCGGGUCGGAUGUGUAUGAUCUACCCGUCUCAGGUGCGCCGCGAUCCGGUGUCCCCGCUGCUUCCCGUGCCUCACGGAUGCCGGAGACGCGACGUCACAUCGAGGUGACCGAACGCGCGGACGGCAGUGUCGUUUGGCAGGUCAUUGCCGGCUUGGCGGCGGAUCGAGGCAGUGUGUAUUCGGACUUCGAGCCGAGGCACAGUCGGCACCUGAGCGAUGCGAGUGCGGGUGCGGCGGGAUUGCUGGAUGGUCCGCCGUUCAGGACUCCUGCAGGUUUGACGGACGACGAUUCGAGGAGCUUCUUUACACGGCCGAAUGCGGGUCGUGCGGUGGGGGCAGUACAGCAUCACCCGGCGUUUUCGUUGGACACUAAUGAGCCGUUGCCUACGAGGCAAGCUGGCAACGGUGCCAACGGGCAGAGGGCAGGACAAGACGUGUUUGAGAUUGCCAACCCCUCCCCCGUCGACAGGAACCUAUUCAGCCCCAGCACCAGUGCCGUCGAGUCCACGAGCCUCGACAGUACGCACGACCCUACCGCCCCGGUCGCUACGUCGGCAGUGGCGACGCCCGCGGCAUCCGCUACACGGAUCGUCUACCACAACGACGCACAGCUCGCAUCGCUCUUGGACGUGCUGGCGAAGGGUAAAGAUUCGGCCAAGUUCGAAUUCCACACCGGCCCGCGCUCUGCGCAUCUUUAUCGACAGAGCGUGAUGCCCAACGGCGAAGGAGGACACACUACUCAGGAUACAACCAUGUCUAGGGAGGUGUGGGAUAGCAGCGGGCUGUUGGACGCAAACGACAUCGAGUCACAUCGCAGCAGAGUCGAGGCCGAGAUUUACACCUUGUUGAAUAGGCACGCCGUUGUGGGUGGUGGCGAGUGA